AACAGAAGUACAAUAUAUUAAAUAAAAGGAAAACGCAAAAUUUUGUUGUGAAAUAUUAAUUAACAAAGAUAACGUGCCAUAAGGAAACGAUAGAUCUAUGUGCAGUAUUAAGUAAUAGACUAUCAAAAUGUCUGAAAAGGAAAAAUCAAAAGUAAACACGCAAUCAAAACAUUUACCUAAAGAUGCGCAAGUGAUCAUGUCGAUCAUGAAGGAAAUAGGAAUUAUCCACUACGAACCAAAGGUUUUGAAUCAGCUCUUGGAGUUCACUUACAGAUACGUUACAUCAGUAUUGGAGGAUGCGCGCGUUUUUGCAAAUCACGCUAAAAAGAAAAACAUAGAUCUCGACGAUGUCAGGCUCGCGGUUCAGAUGCAACUGGACAAGUCCUUCACAAGCCCACCUCCCAGGGAAGUGUUGUUAGAACUGGCCAGAGUUAAAAAUGUCAAUCCACUUCCUUUGGUGAAACCGCAUUGUGGAUUACGAUUGCCGCCAGAUCGUUAUUGUCUGUCAUCUUGUAAUUAUCGACUUAAACAGGCGACUAAGAAAGUAGUAGCGAAAGCGUCUAUACCAGCAGCCCCAACCAUCAAAACGGUCACCACACCUAAACCCCCUGGACAAAAUGUCGUGGUGAAAAGGCCCACCGGUGCUAUUGUUAAUGUGACCUCUAAACCGACUUCAGCACCAAAGCCCGUGUUGAAGUUUACUUCCAGUAGCAAGGUGGUUGCCAAACCAGCAGUCAGGGUAACUGCGGGACCUUCAUCCCAAGGACCAGUCAAGAUGGAAGUCGAUGAGGUCUCACACAAACGGAAAAGGGAUGAAGAUGAUUAUGACAUGUAGUCAAAUUAUAAUAAGUCUAUGUAUUUUAAGUAAAUAUAAAUACUAAUUAUGUUAAAA